UUUAAGAAGUUCUGAUCCUAACAUACAUAUGUAUAUACUUUCUAAUUUAUUUCUCCUCAAUCCCUAAUUCCUCAUCCCCUGGUCUAGUGGUCCUACAGCAAAGUGCCCGCUCUCACAAAUAUAGAAAGGAAAUAGAGAAUUAUAAAAAGAGCUCCCUCUGGUGACUCUUCUGAUCAAAACCCUCCCCAUCACUAGAAACAAGAGAGGCGGUGAAAGGGGAAACGAGGAGGGCUUAGACUUGAGAUUGGGAGAGGCGAGAGCGAUGAACGUGAAGCAGGACGUGGAGCAGCAGCAGCACAGCGACCACAGCUCGGACCAGUACCCCCAGCCCCCGCCCCAGCGCCGCCCACGCGGGUUCGCGGCGGCGGCGGCGGCGGCGGGGGGUUCGGGGAAGGGUCGGAAGGAGCGGGAGAAGGAGAAGGAGCGGACGAAGCUCCGGGAGCGGCACCGGCGGGCCAUCACCAGCCGCAUGCUCACCGGCCUCCGCCAGUAUGGCAACUUCCUCCUCCCUGCACGCGCCGACAUGAACGACGUCCUCGCCGCCCUCGCCCGCGAGGCCGGCUGGAUCGUCGAGGCCGACGGCACCACCUACCGCCCUUCGUCGGUCACGGCCCCGCUCACCGUCGCGGCCCCGCCCCCUCCUCCUCCGCCUCCCCAUACGCAACUGGCACCAUUUCCUGUUAGGUCAAUUGAAAGCCCUCUUUCCGCCAAUUCUUUGAAGAACAGUUCCAUGAAAGCAUCAUUGGACUCUCAGGCAUCUCUUCUCAGGAUUGAUGAGAGUUUAUCCCCAGCAUCUCUUGAUUCAGUUGUUGUUGCAGAAAGAGAUACAAGGGGUGAGAAAUAUGCAAAUGCCAGCCCUAUCAACUCACCAGAGUGUGUGGAAGCUGAUCAGUUGAUGCGGGAGUCUGCAGAAGGUGAAGGUGAUUUUGCUGGAACCCCAUAUAUUCCGGUUUAUGUGAUGCUUCCCACUAGCAUUGUCAACAGUUAUUGCCAACUGGUGGAUGUAGAAGCCACGCGACAAGAACUAAGGCAUCUGAAGUCUUUAAAUGUUGAUGGAGUGGUUGUAGAUUGUUGGUGGGGAAUUGUGGAAGGCUGGAGUCCACACAAAUAUGAAUGGUCUGGUUACAGAGACCUGUUUAACAUCAUUCGAGAGUUUGAGCUGAAAUUGCAGGUCAGGCUUCAAAAUGCUUGUUAUGAUUUAUGACGUGCACUUAUGCAA